AUGUCCAAUGACAGCUCCAUCACCCAGUUCCUCCUCCUGGCAUUCGCAGACACAUGGGAGCUGCAGCUCUUGCACUUCUGGCUCUUCCUGGGCAUCUACCUGGCUGCCCUCCUGGGAAACGGCCUCAUCAUCACUGUCAUAGCCUGUGACCACCACCUCCACACCCCCAUGUACUUCUUCCUCCUCAACCUCUCCCUUCUAGACCUGGGCUUCAUCUCCACCACUCUCCCCAAAGCCAUGGCCAGCUCACUCUGGGACAACAGAUCCAUCUCCUACUCAGGAUGUGCUGCCCAGCUCUUUUUCUUUCUCUUCUUUAUUGUAGGGGAGUAUUGUCUUCUCACCAUCAUGGCCUACGACCGCUACGUUGCCAUCUGCAAACCCCUGCACUACGGGACCCUCCUGGGCAGCAGAGCUUGUGCCCACAUGGCAGCAGCUGCCUGGGGCAGUGGGUUUCUCUAUGCUCUGCUGCACACGGCCAAUACAUUUUCCCUACCCCUCUGCCAUGGCAAUGCUGUGGGCCAGUUCUUCUGUGAAAUCCCCCAGAUCCUCAAGCUCUCCUGCUCAGAUGCCUACCUCAGGGAAGUUGGGCUAAUUGUGGUUAGUGUCUGUUUAGGAUUUGGGUGUUUUGUUUUCAUUGUGGUGUCCUAUGUGCAGAUCUUCAGGGCCGUGCUGAGGAUCCCCUCUGAGCAGGGACGGCACAAAGCCUUUUCCACGUGCCUCCCUCACCUGGCCGUGGUCUCCCUGUUUAUCAGCACUGGCAUAUUUGCCUACCUGAAGACCCCCUCCAUGUCCUCCCCAUCCCUGGAUCUGGUAAUGGCAGUUCUUUACUCGGUGGUACCUCCAGCCGUGAAUCCUCUCAUCUACAGCAUGAGGAACCAGGAGCUCAAGGAUGCAGUGUGGCUGAGUCUCUUCUUCAUAGGAAGACACCUGCUACUGCAGUGCUGCUUGCUUGGAGCUCACAUCCUGCAAGUGAACCCAGCAAGAAGUCUUGAUGCUCUGGGAAGGCUUGGAGUGUACGUGAUGGUGGACGGGCCAUCAGCAUCCUCUAAGAGCCUGUGGUUUGGCUUGCUCUGCAUAGGGAAAAUGCCCCAAAGAAAAGGCUUGGAGAACCACACCGUUGGAUCUGGAUUCAUUCUCCUGGGAUUUUCUGAGCACUCCAGCCUGCAGGGCCUGUGCUUCACCAUAUUCCUGCUCAUCUACCUCCUGGCUCUCACAGGGAACAGCCUGAUUGCACUCAUCACAGUGCUGGACUCAAGCCUCCACAGCCCCAUGUAUUUCUUCCUGAGGAACCUGUCCUUCCUGGAGAUCUGCUACACAUCAGUCACUCUGCCAAAAAUGCUGGUGGGUUUCCUGAUGGAAGACGGCAGGAUCUCCUUGCUUGGCUGUGCUGCCCAGCUCUAUUUCCUGGUUUUGUUGGGCAGCAUCGAAUGCCUUCUCCUGGCUGCCAUGGCCUACGACCGCUACAUAGCCAUCUGUGACCCCCUGCACUACACCCUCAUCAUGAGCGGGGUGUCUGUCUGCAUCAGACUGCUGGUGGGGUCAUGGGUGGUCGUCGUACCAGUGCAAGUAGGACAGACCUACCAGGUGUUCACUUUGCCCUUCUGUGCAUCCCUGGACCUUCGCCACUUUUUCUGGGAUGUCCCCCCUCUGCUGGAACUGGCCUGUGCAGACACUUUCUGGAACCAAGUGAUGCUGUACACCAUCAUCCUGGUCUUUGCGAUCCUUCCCUUCUCCUUCAUAGUUAUUUCUUACAUGAAAAUUAUCAGGGCAAUUCUGAGAAUACCUUCAGUUCUGGGCAGACACAAAGCCUUUUCCACCUGCUCUUCACACCUCGGGGUGGUGACGCUCUUCUAUGGCUCAGCCACAAUCAUCUACUUAAAGCGAUGGUCAAGGGAUUCUGUAGACCCUGACAAGUACCUUGCCCUGUUCUACACAAUUGUGACCCCCAUGUUUAAGCCUGUCAUCUAUAGCCUGAGGAACAAGGAAGUGAGAAUUGCCUUGAAGAGACUCCUAUGGACAAAGUGAUACUACAGAAGACGAGACGUCGGACGGGAUUUAUGCGUCACCAGUCGGUGUCUGAUGACAGUUGAGGAGGGGGAGUGA